AUCGAAGUCAAGGUCGUUGCAGACGAAUUUCUGGAAGAUGGAGCUAUCAGUAACUUCAGUGUCAACCUCAACAUUUGAGGGCCAGAAGCCAGGGACAAGUGGUUUGAGAAAAAAUGUUAAAGUUUAUCAACAACCUCAUUACACGGAAAAUUUUGUGCAAUGCACAUUGUCAGGGGGUUUGAAGGAUAAGUUGCUCGGAAGUACGGUGGUAAUUGGAGGCGAUGGACGGUAUUACAUGAAGGAAGCAACUGAGAUAAUUAUACAGAUGUGUGCAGCGAAUGGGGUGAAAAAAGUGAUUGUUGGAGAGAAUGGGUUGAUGUCCACACCAGCUUUAUCCUGUGUGAUCAGGAAGUAUCAAACAGAUGGCGGAAUUAUUCUCACAGCCAGUCACAAUCCUGGGGGUCCUGAUGCAGAUUUUGGUAUCAAAUUCAACACUGCUAAUGGAGGUCCUGCCCCUGAAAAUGUAACCAAUGCCAUUUUUGAGUUGACAAAGACCAUAUCAGAAUACAAGAACUGCUCUGACCUGCAGCCAGUUAUUUCUGUAAUUGGAUCUACUGAUUAUAAGGUUGAUGGUCAUGUCUUCACUGUAGAGGUUAUUGACUCAGUUGCUGAUUACGCUUCAUAUAUGAAGGAGAUCUUUGAUUUCGGUGCUAUUCGUAGCUUGCUCUCCGGAUCAGAUGGAAAGCCAGCCCUUAAAAUUCUCUUAAAUGCUAUGCAUGGAGUGAUGGGCCCCUAUGUCACUAAGAUUGUGUGUGGAGAGCUUGGAGCUCCUGAAGACAGUGCUGUCAACUGUGUGCCUCUUACAGAUUUUGGAGGUCAUCAUCCCGACCCAAAUUUGACUUAUGCAGCUGAUCUUGUUUCUGAAUUGAAGAAAGGUCAGCAUGGAUUUGGAGCUGCUUUUGAUGGUGAUGGGGACAGGAACAUGAUUCUCGGAAUGGAUGCCUUCUUUGUAACCCCAUCAGAUUCUCUGGCUGUACUGGCCAACAACCUGCAGUGUAUUCCUUACUUCAGGAAGGAUGGUGGCAACAAGAAAGGGUUUGCCCGCAGUAUGCCUACCAGUGGUGCUGUGGAUAGGGUGGCUAAGAAGAAGUGUGUGGAGUGCUUUGAGGUACCUACUGGCUGGAAGUUCUUUGGUAACCUUAUGGAUGCAGGUCGUCUCACUUUGUGUGGCGAAGAAAGUUUUGGAACUGGAUCUGACCACAUUCGAGAAAAAGAUGGACUAUGGGCUGUGCUUGCUUGGCUGUCAAUCCUAGCAGAGAAACAAUGUAGUGUGGGGGACAUUCUCUCAGAACACUGGAAAGAGUAUGGGAGGAACUUCUACACUAGGUACGACUACGAGAACUGUGAGUCUGGCCCUGCCAAGAAGAUGAUGGACAACCUAAACGCAUUGAUAGAUGAUGGAACUCUGGUAGGGGCUACCCACAAUGUAGGAGGCAAGACAUACAAGGUGGCCACCAUGGAUAACUUCAGUUACACUGACCCUAUUGAUGGCAGCAUCAGCAAAAAUCAGGGGGUGAGAAUAAUUUUCUCUGAUCAAUCACGUAUCAUAUUCCGACUGAGUGGGACUGGAAGUAGUGGUGCAACCAUCAGGAUGUACAUAGAGGGAUAUGAGUCAGACUCUGACACUUUCACUAAAGAUCCCCAGGAUGUGCUCAAACCGUUGAUAGAAAUUUCACUACAAAUUUCACAGUUAAAGGAGUUGACAGGACGUGACAAACCCACAGUCAUCACAUAAAGACCAUGUUGUUGAAGAAAAUUAUAUAUAUUUAUAGUCCCUAUUAAAAACCUACCACUAAUUAUGAUUAUGUGAAAAUGUUGGCUUUUUGUUGGCACUGAAAAUAUUGCAUAGUAUUUCAUACAAUAUUUAUACAUCAUAUCUUUUUGAAAUGAAAAAUAAAGCACUUGCAGUCCUUUAGGUAGAUUUGAUUGUUUGAAAUGCAGGACAUGUUUUAGAUUUGAAAUUUUAGAAAUUUUUGAUGUAAGCAUUGUAAAGUGGGAAGGGAGUUAACUCCUGUAAGCAUGCACAAAGAUAUUAAUCAGAGUAUCAUUAGUGUUAAGUUGUAGUAGAUGUCAUGGAAUUAUAGAUACCAUAAUCAUAGAGUUAGAAUGGAGUUGACUGAUGGAAGGGGGCAAUUACUGGAUAUAUUCUAUAUUAAUACAAUAGUAAAAUUGGAGAUUACUAAUUAGGGUAUCGGUGGUAUUUAACUGGGGUUUCGUUUGAUAUACAACGUUAGCAUUACCAGCAACAUUCCAAUUUCAUUUAAUGUUAUUUUCCCCAUUACUCUUUUUGAAGUGUUAUUCUGGGGAAAUUUGAAAAUGCUUAGAAUAAGAUUUUGUUUUAAAAGCAUUGUAAAGGAAAUUGAAAUAGUUAUAAAAAUGCAAUAAAUAAAAAAAAAGUGUAGUCAUGUGCUUACAACUUAAAAAAUUUGUUUAUAAGAAAUUCAUUAACUGGCAUUGUGUCUUACUAAAAUUAGGUGACUUGCUCUUUUUAACUGUAUGUAACUUACUCCAUCUUAUAUUACCACCAUUGGAUGAGAGAAUAAAGAAUACAAAAUUGAGGACUUAUACCACCUUGUAUACAAUGUUAGGGCUCUUUACUAUGUCUUGCUUGUUUCAAUUCAUAAAAAAAGGUCUUUCAGAAUAUGAUAUUUUGACACUGUCUUCAUUGCAAUGUCAUAAUUGCUAUUCAAGUUUACAAACACAUAUAAACUGUCACAGGCAUAGUCUGAUGUAGGUAUAGAAUUGUAUGCAUAUAUACUGUCAACUCUGACACUGUGUCAUUUAUUUCAUCAUGGGAUGACAAUUUUUUUGUUAAAUUUGUUAACAAUGAUUGAUUAUGUGUGUUCAAAUAGCAUUUAUUGUGCUUGGCAUCAUCUUUGGUGCAAAGUUAUAUUUAAACUUUUUUAAACUAUUUUUAAAAGUGCUAAUUAUAUUCAGUGAAGGAAAAAGUCUAGUCACAGAUUCUUAUGGGUAUGACUAUUGAAUUAUCUGUGUAAAAAAAAAAUACAUGAAUAUACAGUUGGUGCAAAAUUAGGUACAGGGGAAAGUACUUAGCUAUAUAUUCAGGAUUUGGUUAACUAUGAUAUAAUGUAUUAUGUACUUGUAAUAUUUUAGGUAUACUGUUAAAAUCUUUUGCUCUUAGUUACAGGUCCUCAAUAAUUCAAAAUUGAAUAAAUACAUUUUACAUACCUGCAUAAUAUCCCAAACCAGAUUUAGAUAUUGCUUGCUUAUCCAUGAUGUUUUCAAUAACUAUGACUGUCCUCACCAUUUUUAUUUUGAGUAUGCAUGUAAGUGCCCUGGUUUGUUAAAGAUUUUUUUACCUUAGAUUGUUUAAAAGAUAAUUUACAAACAUGAAGUAAUUGUUAGCUAAUGAAGAUCUAUUUAGAUUUAUCUGUUACAGUUUCAUGUUAAUGAAGAAUAUUUCAACACUAUUGGAAUAGGUCUAUCACAGGUAAUAUGUAGAUCAAUGUGUUAUCCUACAAUUAAUAUAAAAAGGAAUACCUUUAUUCUUCAUGUUAUUUUCAUCAUUUCAGGGUUAUUUUCACUACAAAAUCAUAUAAUUCUUUUACAGAUGAAGUAAUUUACAUUGAUCGAUAAAAUAUAUUUAAUAACUAGUCUUCAUGUAUUUUUAUUUUACCAAUGAAGACUGCCAUAUCAUUGUAUAAAUAUAUAUAUAUAUAUAUAUAUAUACAUUUGUGAGUAGGUUGAUUUGUAACAGACUUAUCCAAUUUACUGUUGUUUUCUUGACAGAAUCACAAAUGCCAAAAAGCUUGUUGAAUUUGAAACCUUGAUCUGUGUUUUUAAUGUACUUGUAACAAAGUGCGUCAGUUUCUACAUUGUUAUCAUUUGAAGAUAUUAUUUGUUAGUUAUAAUGCUGUAAGUUGAUACAGAGUUAUCUUUCUUAGCAUUAAAAUUUGUACAGUACAAUUUUCUGUAUGCAAUAAAGGAAUGAAAUAUGAUGGAAAUUAGAAA